UCUGAGUUCAAGAGAUUCUCCGAGCUUCCCAGAGAGCUCCGAGACCAGAUUUGGAGCAUGGCUAUGCGUGACGAUCGCCCUGGAGUACAUAUCUUUGGUCAAUAUGACAAGACUAACGACAAUGUGACCGAGGGUCGCUCUCUUAUGCGUGGAGACUGGCCCAGCGACACUUGGGCCGCGCCAUCAUGGCGGCGUUAUUUCGAAAACCUAAAUGAUGACUGCAGCGAUGAGAACAUUUCGACAUAUCUGAUUGAUGGCGGCCUAUGGACCGCCUGCCAUGAAUCACGACUCGUCAUGGAAAGACGAUACAAACAGUCAAAUCGCAAGAUUUACGGAAGGCCUGAUUCAGAAUGGGCCAGAGACAUAGACCGGUUCAACAAAGCCACAACAGGCUACUUUGACGGUUCUCCCCUCCAUUGUAUAACUGUUUUUUCUCACCGAGACCUCUUUGUCUUGCAAGCAGAGGAUUUGAGCAAUAUUGAUUGGUCUUGGGUUUCAUUUGAAGCUUCCCUGGCCCGUCCGAUGGAAAAUUUCGGUGGGGUGCGGCAUAUUGCAAUAGAGUAUGACCAAAGGUGGUGGGAGGAGAUAUCCGACAAGAAAUAUUUCUCUGCCGGCACAAAUAUCAGAGCCCUUGUUGAUGCAGCCUUCGAAUUGCAUGAUUCUUUUUCGACAAUCUGGAUACUCGACCGUACCCUCAAGCGAAAGAAGGAUGCUCCAGUGUUGAAGGAAAACGCAAAGUCCCGUUGCAGUAUCGAUGCAUUCUAUGCCAGCGACAGGAAGUUUCUGGAGAUUAAGGGUAAGUACCCCAAAUGUACGGAAUGGGAAUACAUCAAGCCCUUGAGCCCUACUCCGAAAUACUAUUGCUGCUCAUAUGAUGAGUAUGAUGAGUGUGGUCCAGAUGCUCACCAGUUUAGCUCUUCUCCAGAAUUCAUCUCGUGUUUGGAAGGCGAGCUCGAUUAA